CUAGGUAGAAUGAUCAGAGCAACUACUAUUUCUCUGUGCAUCUGGCUAGUGUUUAUAUGCUUUCUUAUUCAGCAGAAUCAUGCUGCCACCAAAGUGCUUUAUCAUUUCCACAUCCGCGAUAAACACAACACGCGCAAUGAAACGGGCGUCCUACGUCAGAAUAAUGAUGAGGCCAAAGGUACCGAAAGUCCCGAAUUGAUUAUUACUGGAACUCGUACAUCUAGUUUUACCGUACCCGAUCAGCAUUCAAAUAUAACUUGGGCAUAUCAGGAAACAGCCGUCUAUACAGCUGAUAACAAUGGCUAUCAUGUGAAAUAUAAUUUUAGCAUCAAACCCGUGAUAAUAGACACACGUCUCGAUGCUAAAACACUUAAAACACUCGGCUGAAUAUGACAAAAGAAUUACGCGAAAAAGAAGAAACACAACUAAACGAAAGGAACAGAAUUGUAUUAUAAAAUAAAAUCAUUAUUUAUCAUUAGCAUUAAAAUUC